AUGACAGAAGGACAGGCAGUCCCGGGAUCCGGGGACUGGGAGAUCGACGUGGAGAGCCUAGAGCUGGAGGAGGAUGGCAGUGGGGCUCCGCAGCGGACCACGUCUCAGGGACCCAGUCCGUCAACAGCAGAUGGGGACGUCGAGGAGGACGAGGAAGAAGACGAGGAGGACGAAGACGCAGAGGACGAGGGUGACGGCGGCGAAGAACCGGGCGCGUCCCCGGAGGUGCCGGACCAGCCAGAGCAGCCGGGAGGACCGGCACCCAGGCCACCGCCAGCGGCUCAGGAGCUGCCAGCCGCCACCGCAGUCCCUGAGCGCGGUGCCACCGCGGGUGGCGGCGCGGAGCCUCGCAAACUGAGCCGCACGCCCAAAUGCGCGCGCUGCCGCAACCACGGCGUGGUGUCCUGUCUCAAGGGCCACAAGCGCUUCUGUCGCUGGCGGGACUGCCAGUGCGCCAACUGCCUGCUCGUGGUGGAGCGCCAGCGUGUCAUGGCCGCCCAGGUGGCGCUCCGGAGGCAGCAGGCUACCGAGGACAAGAAGGGACUUUCCGGGAAACAGAAUAAUUUCGAGCGGAAAGCAGUGUACCAGAGGCAAGUCAGGGCGCCAAGUUUGCUGGCCAAAAGUAUUUUAGAAGGCUAUCGCCCAAUAACUGCAGAGACUUACCUGGGAGGGACCCUUCCUCUACCGCCACCUGUUAGUGACAGGAUGAGGAAGAGAAGAGCCUUUGCGGACAAAGAGUUGGAGAACAUCAUGCUGGAGAGAGAAUAUAAGGAGAGGGAGAUGUUGGAAACUUCUCAAGCUGCGGCCUUGUUCCUGCCCAACCGUAUGGUGCCGGGGCCUGAAUACAGUUCCUACAAAAGUGCCUACAGCCCCACUGCAGGGGAGCCACCCAGCAAGGACUUUUGUAACUUUUUACCAACCUGCCUCGAUCUGACGAUGCAGUAUUCAGGAUCGGGGAACAUGGAACUGAUUUCUUCUAACGUCAGUGUGGCCACAACUUACAGACAAUAUCCCCUGUCCUCACGAUUUUUAGUUUGGCCCAAAUGCGGUCCCAUUAGUGACACCCUUCUUUACCAGCAAUACCUUUUAAAUGCUACCACUUCUGUUCAAGCCUUGAAGUCUGGGGCCAGCUGGGAUUUGAAAGGGACCCGGAUUCAGGAUGGCCUUAGUGCAGAUCAUGACAUGAGUCCACCCAAACCAGAAGGCUCCCUGGUGUUGCCUCAUCUACCCGAGGUCCCAACCUCAAGAACUGACCUUCAGGCUCACCAGGUUGUCCCUGAGAGGUCUGCCUUUUCCCCACCCAGGCGAAAUUUCUCUCCCAUUGAUUUGGACUGCCUGGCAGCUCAAGGGCACGUCUUAACGAAGAUCAGCAAGGAAAACACCCGGCACCCUCUGCCACUUAAACAUAAUCCGUUCCACUCGGUAUUCCAGCAGACGCUCAACGACAAAUCAGGCCUUGAGCUGAAAACACCAUUUGUCAAAGAAGUCUUUGAUGAGAUCCCAAAGAAACACAGAGAGUGUUUGGUCAAGGAGAACCAGAAGUACACAUUUACAAUAGACAGAUGCGCAAAGGACCUCUUUGUAGCCAAACAAGUUGGAACAAAACUCUCGGCAAAUGAGCCGCUGUCGUUUUCUGUUGAGUCUAUUCUUAAGAGGCCGUCAUCUGCCAUCACUCAUGUCUCCCAGUGA